AAGGAAUGUGUCUUAAAAAACGAACAAUAAAUAUAAACAGGUUUGAACAGAAAGAAAAAAUUCUGAAACUCCUCAACCUCCAAGGACUUGUGUAUGUUCAAGAUGAUCCAUGUUUUAUUGUCAAAAUUCUGACUGUACAACAUAUAUUGUCAAAACAUGAAGUGAAGAGGAAGGUAAACGAUUUUUGGGUUUAGAUAAAGAACUGGAAGUUCAAUAACGUCUUGUAUAUAAACAGAAAUUUCGUUCUCGGAGAAAAAUCUUUAAUCGUCAACUGAUAUUUUCACAGUAAAUCAUGAAAAUGAUAGAUUUCGUGUAUGGAGUGAUGGCUCUAACAGCUUUCCAGCUCUUGCCGAUACUCUUUUACAUCUAUGGAUAUUUGGACCAACAAACAUAUGUGUCAUUCAUUCAUAAAAACUAAUUCUACGACAACUCAGAAGAACUCGUUCUUGUUUAUUCAUAUUACACAUUCAUUUUAUUUAGUACAUAUAUUUUUUUAAUUUUCAUGUGCAUUAGUUUCAUAUUAUUGUCGUUUAUGAAACGUGUUGCACGUUGCCAGAUACAAUGUUAUCGUCCUUAUUUCCCGUAUCACUGCAUGGUAUGUGUAGUUCCAUACGUUGUAAGAUACACCUACAUAACUGCCUACAUAUCAGAUGACAUUAUGGCUGGAAUGGACUGGGAACGUUUGUUUCUGGUUUUGUUUUCAAUUUUUCGGUUUGUCUUAUCUUUCUUUUUGUUAACUUUACAAAAGUACAAGCUUUGGAGGUGGAUUUUGUACAUGAUAAUGACGGUGAUUCAUUUGUUAGUAUUCACAUACUUUUUUUAUCUAAUGUGGAACAUUUGUGUAAGUUGGUUAAAUAGUAUUAAGAAAAGCAAAGGAGAAUUUCUUACAGAGUGGUCUUACGUCUAUUCCGAACAAUUAGACGAAUUCAAUGUGAGUAAACUAAACACACAUAUCAAGAAUUUCAGACUUGACCAAAUGUUAUUCAUGAGAACAGGACAUAAAUCAUAUCUAACUCAAGAUUUAUUGAGUUUGCAGUUAAAAGACAGAUGUGAAACAAUGCGGCCAUAUCAGCGAGAAAUAUAUACUGUUGGAAUUGGCGAGAGUGUCAAGCUGCCCUGCAGUGCAACUGUGCAUACUAAAGCCGCAAUAACUGUCUUAUGGUCCUUGAACGAUAGUUAUCCUUAUUAUAAUUUCAUUACUAAAAUAAGAAAUUCGUCUAAUAUUUUUAUAACUGAACUAGAUAUUGAUUUUAUUGAAAAUUCUGAUUUCGGAGAUAUCACUUGCUCUUUUCGGCUCUAUGAACAUUUCGGCGAAAAAUUAUUUUUUCAGCACAGAAUGGCAUCGUCUUUCAUUAAGAGUUCUGAAUUUCUCAUAGCACAGUACAGUGUGAGAAAGUACUCUGGAAGGGAAUUCUAUAUAUAUGCAACACCAGGGGGAGCGAUUGAUAUAAGAUGGAAACGAAUGUCAUUUAAUAGUGAUAUAGAAGACAUUACUCAGUAUUAUUACGUUAAUGGAGUUCAAUUUAAUCGACCAAAAGAUUCUCCAUUGUUUUGCUCAAGUUUAUCAUAUCUUUAUAUUAUUUUCGGACAGGCAAUGAAUUGGUUUGAUGUUCCGUAUCUUUCAGAGUCUUCUCAUAUUUUGUAUAAGUAUUUUAAAGUAUUUGAAACUCGCUUUACGGAAUGCGCGGGAUACAAUGUGUUUGGAAUCCACACAGUCGUAUAUUUACGACGAGUUUACGAUUCAAAAAGUAGGUCAUUUAUCUUAAGAGAGGUCCAACAUCCAGACACAAUAUACGUACUACCAGAUACGGCAUACUUCUACAAAAUGGACAACGCAACAAAGGCCAGAAAGAAGGAAAUCAUACAAAAUCUACAAACACUUGACUUAGAUUAUCAAUGGUUUGACAACAGAGAUACCUGUAUUUUAAUAGCACGUAUUGUAGGCGAACUGAUAAUAUUCCUCACUUUGCUUUUAUUAUUGGCUUUUUUUCUUGAUAAAUGCUUUAAUUGGUACGGAAAAUUCAUAAUUCAACCUAUCAGAGAAAUGGUCUUAGGACAACCAUUUGAUUUUACUUCUGGAAAGUGUGGUCCUUCGGUCUGCUGUUAUGUUUUAUGCGGAGAUGCUGAUCGAAAUUCGGUUUAUCAUGAACUCGUUAUUCCACUGAGAAAACAUGACGUUACGACGGGUUUUACGUUUGAGGAAUCCCAUAUCAACAGAAGUGGAAAGUCGGUAUUUGAAAUACAAUGUGAAAUCCUUAAGCAAUGUAAGCACUUGAUUUUUUGUGUGACCACCUCUUAAUUGAAGGAAGAAAGAUUUGUUGAUAUUCAAUUAGAAACAGUGCUCCAAUGUAUUAAAAUGGGAUUCAUCUCUUCAAAUAAAGUAUUAAUAAUAAUUGCUGACAGUUGCGAUUUACCGGACAAGAUAAGAUAUAACUUACCAGAAGCAGCUGCAAACAUCCAUAAUUGGGUUUCAAUAACAAAACAAGAUACAAGAAUCAGUCGAAUAGUAAAGUGGAUGAAUAAUAAAAGGAAAGACAUUCAAAAAUCAGAUACUCCUUUAUCUACACUUUUUUUCGGAUAAAGGGUUGCUUUUAUCACAUAAUAACGGUAUAUUUACAGUACUUUUAUUACAUUGAUCUAACAUCAUGCUCACACUGUUAUUGUUAAGACUGAGCAAUGCAUUAUAUUUUGUAAAUCAUUUGAAACAAUUAUUUGUUCAUUAUUGGUUGUUAUUCCUAAAAUUGAUAUUUUUAUGAUAGGCCUUACUAGACGACAUAGUUUUUGCCAAACCGAUUUGCUAAAAACGUGUAGUAUAGAAUCAUUUUGUUAUGAUAUGUUCGCAAUCUAUAUUAUGCUUAUGGAUCCUUAUACAAUUAUUAUGUUUGACAUGUUGUAAUAUUUUUUUAUUGUGCCAUAAAAUUUC